CAAUUAAGACGCGGAAUUUGGCCGAUCUAGACGUCAAAGAAUUUCUGGCCUGAACCCUGGAACAUUUGAACAAGUAAUAAUAACCUCAAAUUUAUCUAAUUUGGUAUAGCAUAAUCAACGAAAUAUCUUUCAUAUUUUUGAUUCGAAAAGCCCGUUUACUCGAAAAUACCGAAUAACAAAGUACAAAUCUUCGAUUUUACAUUCCGAUUUUUAUAGACCUUUCGCCCUUUCGUUUAUCCAUCAUACUCGACAACUCGACCUUAUAUCCUUUCGCCUCCCUUUCGAUUUUUCGAUCUUUCGACCCUUCGAUUCUUCGACCCCUUCCCCUUCGCUUCCCGUUUCUUUCCGGGCGCGUUCGUGUGAAGGGGAAGACGACGAGAAGAGGGAAAGCAUUGAAGCAAAUAUGCGAUGUCGUAUCCACCGGCCAAGCGACAGCGAUCUAACACGUCGCGAGAUUCUGUCAAUGGCACCCCACAAACAACUGCUCCUGCCUUGCGACAUCAUCAAGUCAACCAAGGAAUCAAUUUAUAUUCCCCGACCGGAUACGAAAAUGGAGGUUAUCCCCUCCAAACGACCGCUCGUCAACAAGUUAAUUAUAACCCAUACUCUCCCAACACGGUGACGAAUACAACUGGCGGAUAUGGCGGAGCAUACCAAACUUCCUCGACAGGUUAUGGUUCAGGACCAUAUAGUCCUCAACAACAGACUCCUAGCUUUGCUACACAUUAUUCUCAGGCACCUACGAAUGGACAUAUGACUUCUCAUGUUGCGCAUUAUGCUCAAGCAGCGAUGAAUGGAAUUCGUAAUGGAACAUUUGCGACGGAAACACAAGCACAAACACAAACGCAGACAUUGUUACAAGGACAAUCACCACAGGCAGGAACGGGUGGAACGUAUUCUCCUAUACCGACGAAUCAUGUUACAAAUUACAAUCAACAACAGCAACAACCACAACAGCCCGCUAAUCCUCCCACAUCGACGUUAUCGCAACAUCCUCAACAUUCCUUGUCGCAAUAUGGGGAACCAUAUCCUUCACAGACGGUAGCACAUCCUACAACAUAUCACGCUAGUACCAAUUCAUACUCGGAAACUCCCUCUACGUUAAAUUCUCAUUUUAGCCCGGCGCAUCUUCCUAGUCCGUCGCAUUUACAUAGCCCAGCUCCUAUGUCGACUCCUUUAACUCACAAUGGGAAUGGUCAUACACCUGAAGAUUUACAGGAAAUUGAUGAUGAUGCACAGGGUGAAACAGCGGAUGAAUCAACGGAGAUUUAUACCAAUCCUGACCUUUCCAAAACGUCCAUACCAUCUAUAUCAUCUGUUCCUACACCUCCGAUCGAUACAUCGUCUAGAAAUGGGCAAAGAUUUAGGAAAUGUGCCUGUAAAACAGGACGUGGUGAUAAGAAGGCUUGCAUAUUUUGCGUUUGUAGCAAACAAGGACUCAGUUGUAGUUCAGCAUGCUCUUGUGGUGAAGCAUGUGCCAAUCCUUUCGCAGAUUUGACACAAUUCUUUGGUCCAUCCACUAUAUUUUCUAAGCCUUGUGGUGCCAACGCUUGUUUCGCUACAUGGCUUUGUAACCAACCUAAUGUCGAGGAACUAGAUAUGGACCUCAUAAUAGAUAUUCUACUAUACGACGAUACAUCAUGGGCGAAUAUUCGAGAAUAUACGGAACCUCUUCGAAAAUGGGAAGAGGAUUGGAAGAGAACUCGUGGUGGUAAAAGGAAGAAAAGUCGUGAAGAAAGAGAACGUCUCGAAUUUGAAUUACUUCGUGGCGCAUUAGGCAAUUGUAACCAGAAUGAUUUUUAUGGUCACUGGUAUAGCUUUUGUCGAGGAAGUUGGGUACCUACAGAUCUUUGGGAUCAUUGUCAAGAAUGUCGACUCUGCAAACCGAGUACGGAAUGGCAUUGUGACAAACAUAAUCGUUGUACUACAGAUCGUAUCUGUCCUGAUUGUUCAUCUACGCCAUAUUCUGGUAUGUUGCCUUCAUAUACGGAUCCCGGCAGUUGUUAAGUAAAACAUUACACAUAAAAAUGGGUUCUGGAACAUCUCCAUCGAUACGGAGAUUGAAAAACGAAUGGGUUAUAAUUAUUUCUUCGUCUUUGAUGUAUACUUCGGAAGACUGAAGAUAAGGAUAGACAGCGUACGAUAGGGAUAUGGGUUCGUUAUAGGGGAUACACAGUGGUUUCUCUUUAUUAUAUCUUAUAUAUACAUUAGGUACCUCGUAUUGGUGGUGAUAUAUUGUAUGUUGGUACGGGAAACAAUUGAAACGUCUUGAUGGCAAGCAAUCGGUUAAUAAGGGCGUAUUUGGGAUUAGAGAGCAAAUACGUUACAAAAGAUGAAGAUCAGGGUAAACCUAGUUAUUACUCUCAUGGUAUUACAUUGAUUGUGAUUUGAUGAAUAUGACUUACGUAGAUAUGUAUGAUGAGAUAGCGAUAAUAAUAAAGAUUGUAUGUAUUCAGAUAGGUACCUAGGC